GGCAAAACAGCAAUCCAAAGGGGGGCUAAUGACGAGAGAGAUAGCCGCAUUGGAAGAUGACAAUGUGAUAACAUCAACAGAUAAAGCAUAUAUUCCUAUCCAGACAACAAAUGUUGUAAAAAAGGCAAAUAAAUGCAAGCUAGCAGUAGACACCAAAGAUAACAUUGUUGCAAUGGGAACUAUAAUAAUGUUGGAUGGGCCGAUACAUGGAGUGCCCCUAGGAGCAGAAAAUGUACGUAUCUCAAUUGAUGUGCCUAUCAAGGAAGAUGCUUAUCUCCCAAUCCCAAAUGUGUCAGGUGACAUAUUUACAGUAAAGCAAGCCAUCGGUACUCAUGUUGCUUGGCCUCGACAUCUUGUUUUAAUGUCACAUGAAGAGGUAUAUCGUAAGCCGAUUAUAAUAUCUAUCACUAGAAGUUAAAAAUGGUAUUUACAUGUUAUUUUAAUUCACAUUUAGAACUCAAUGAGCACUCAGAAGUUUUCGAGUAAAACACCAUGCAGACAAGCAGCAUACAAGAUGCCGGUUUCUGUGCAUCUUCUACUGCGCUUGGCAAGAAUAAUGGAUGAAUCUAUAGCAGUGUCGGUCCCAAUGGAAGAUGGUGUGUUUGGCAAUGACCACAAUACAUUCAUAAACAGUAACGACAUGAUCCAAUUUUGUUUGAUGCAGCCAAUAUCCACUAUUUGCAUUUCUAUCUACAUGAGACACCUCUGGUCAUUGUUGAAAAUGAAGAAUGAGGAUCACUUGUAUGCAUUUGUAGAUCCUGGCUGCAUCUCCAAUGAAGCUGGAAAGGUUGAGGCUAGAUCAUGUGCCCUAUCACUUAGAUUAGAGUCUGCCCAAGUAGAUCAAUUAAUUCUUGCGCCUUAUAAUACAGGGAAUCAUUGGUUGUUGGCUGCCAUUAACCCAUUUACUGCAUUGGUCUAUUACUUUGACCCAUUGAGUAACAUUAACAUCAAUCCAGGAAUGAAGAACAUCGUAGAGCUUUCCAUUAAGAUGUUUAAUGCUCAAAAGGGAAGAAAGAAUCGUAAAAAACUUCAUUGGGAGGUGGUUAAGUGUCCAAGACAACCUGGAUUAGUGGAAUGUGGAUAUUAUGUUAUGAAAUACAUGAAAGAAAUUAUUGGAACUCCAAGCAGCUCAAUUUUAAAUAUGUUUGAGGAAAAAGAGACUUACACUCAAGAAGAGAUUGAUGUAGUUCGAGUAGAGUGGGCAGAACAGGUAUUAUUUGUUUUUGAUCGUAUGAACUGA